GGAGGAGCCCGAGCCGCGGAACGGCAGCGGCGGGACGCGGAGCUGGACGGGGCACUAUGAACGAAGAGGAGCAGUUUGUAAGCAUUGACUUGAAUGAUGACAACAUUUGCAGUGUUUGCAAACUGGGAACAGACAAAGAAACCCUCUCUUUCUGCCACAUAUGUUUUGAGCUAAAUAUUGAGGGAGUACCAAAAUCUAAUCUCUUACACACCAGAUCUCUAAGGGGCCAUAAAGACUGCUUUGAAAAAUACCAUUUAAUUGCAAAUCAAGAUUGUCCUCGAUCUAAGCUUUCAAAAAGUACUUAUGAAGAAGUUAAGACAAUUUUGAGUAAAAAGAUAAACUGGAUUGUACAGUAUGCACAAAAUAAGGAUUUGGAUGCAGAUUCUGAGUGUUCUAAAAAUUCCCAGCAUCACCUGUUUAAUUUCAGGCAUAAAUCAGAUAAAAAGUUACUUCCACAGUUUGACUCCCAAGUUCCAAAAUAUUCUGCAAAAUGGAUAGAUGGAACUACAGGUGCUCUCUCAAGCUGUACACAAAGAAUUUUGGAGCAGAGGGAAAGUGCAGACUUUGGGCUUGCUAUAUUACAAAAUUCAGGGACCAGUUUAUGCCAUAAUCGUGUAUUGUGGCCUCACAAUCAUAGCCAGCCACAGGAAAAAGAAGAGACAAUCUCUGUUCCAGAGGCUCAUGUGCAGACCCAGCAUCCACAGUACAGCAAAGAGGAAUUGAAUUCAAUGACUCUUGGCGAGGUGCGACUACUGAAUACAAAGCUCCGACAACAAAUCCAGGAAGUUUUUGAAGAAUUAACACUUCAAGUUCAAGAAAAAGAUUCUUUGGCCUCAGAGCUCCAUGUCCGCCACGUUGCCAUUGAACAGCUUCUCAAGAACUAUUCUAAGUUACCAUGUCUGCAAGUGGGGCGAACAGGAAUGAAGCCACACCUGUCCAUAAACAACUGA